UUGAAUACUGAACAUUAUUUAUUUUACACGUAAGCAAAUUUUGGUCAAGUACUAAACUAUAAAAAAAAAAAGAUGUAUUUAAAAAUGUCUCUUCUCAUCUGCGUUUUACACUUGUUUACUGCAGCCUGGAGCGUUGGACUAACCGAAAGCCAAAUCAACACAGUCGUUGAAUUUUUUGAGGAGUUCAGAGGAGGGUUGAAAAAAGAAAUUCCCAGAAUUUUAUUCGCGCAGUAUCUGUUGGAUUCUGACUAUACCAAAUUUGAAAAUUUUUUUCCGACCGAUGAAACCGUGAUCGAUGAUAAAACCGCGGCGGACUUUUUGAUACUUUUGGGCGGUAUAGAAAAGAAAACUGAUAACUUGCUGGAAAAAAGUAUGACCACUUACGAAGUAAAUCUCUUCGCGAGACUGUUCAACGUUCAAGACAAAAAAGGUGUGCCCGACGGACUUCUUAACCAAGCUGAAUUAGUGAACUUGUUUGACGCCGACUUAAACCUAGACCCCGACUUUGAGGAUAAAAUAAAGAAGGAACUCGAUAAUAACAAUUCCAUUAACGCACCAACGUUCUUGGCGGCAAUAUUGAAACAUAAACCAGAAGGCAACGGUCUAGACAAGACACAGAUAGACAAUUGCCUUCCUUUGUAUUUGUGGUACAGAAGCAAACAGCUUGAACUUAGCGUACAACAAGAGUUAUAUAAAAAAUUAAACAUUGUUUCCGAAGGUCAUAUGAACCUAAUGGAGUUCCAGCACACCCAGUCCUCUGCCAAGGCGUUACAAGAGUUCUUAGUCUUUUGGUCGGAAUACAACACGGAAGAUCACGGAAAUUCGCUGUUUUUCACUACCAGAGAUGUUAGAGAUUUUAUUAACUUGUUCUCUUUGUACGACAAAGACAAUGACGGUGUGCUCAGUUUUUUGGAAUUUGAACCUAUCUUUCUUAAGUUCUUUGCUGGGCAAGAUCAAGUUGACGUUAUGUAUAAAUAUACCGGAGAUACUCAAUUUAUGUCCAUUGCUACGUUCUUGAAAAUGCAUUACGAGUUAAUAUUUGAACACGAUGAAAAAGUGACAACCAAAAAAAAAAAUGACAUGGCAAAUGUGAAAGAGCCAAAGAAACUUCAUAACUUACUUCAGAGCAUUUUUCUAUAACUAUGUUGUUUUAUAAUUUCUUCUAAAUUUGAGUUAUUAUUUUUUAAACAUUUGUAU